UGGUUGCGUCCUCUCUUCGUCAGCAGUGUGCGAGUCAAAGGCCGCUUGAAACGGUUUCGUAAAGAAGACGGACGUUAAAGGGGGGAUUAUUUUGACUCCAAGCGGAUUUUAUUUGCCCUAAAUCUCCAAAAUCAAGCCUUAAAAUCGAUACGCGGUUACCGUGAUAAGCAGUUAGCUUGUACAAAAACCAUGGAAAUUUCAUGAUCUUUCUUCCCAGUCGCCUGCCGGAGCCAGCUGGAGAAACAUUUCCGUGGGAUCGAAAGCGAGGAAUUAACUUCAGCUUAUCUUUUCACUGGCGCUCGCGCGCGCGCUGUGUGCACCGCGGCUUCUCGUGAGCCCGUGACUGAGAUGUGUGUCGCCUUUGCCGUAUACCCUCGAACUCUAGCCCGCUGAAUGGGAAGGCCUCAAAUGGGAAAAUCAAGCGUCGGGGGGAAAUAGCAAGUAUAAUUGUGUAGAUGUAGCUCACAUUUCUGACGAAGGAUACCUCAGACUUCGCCGUGAGAGCCCGUCUUUUUUUUUUUUUUUUUACCCCCCCCCUUCUCCCUUUGGAUUUUAAUCACGUCCCUCUGAAGACAGCCAUGGAAUCGACCAGGCAGACCCCUGCACUUUCUAUGCACACAUGGUUCAAGAUCUGCAUAUGAAUGAGGCCUUCUGCUACGAGAAAAACGGUCGAUGACGACGCGAUGGAGGCGUGAAUGUGGUUUGGCGUGGCGAGAGCUGAACGAUGCCCAAGGGUGGGGGUUCUAAAACCCCCCAGCUGGAGGACUUCCCACUCAGCACCGACAUGGUGGAGAAGCAGGGUGGGAAGAAGGAUAAAGAUAAAGGCUCGUCAAACAAGACUCCUAAAUUGGACCGCAGCGAUGGCAUCAAAGACAUGAAAGAGAAGGCUCCUAAGCGGAAGCUUCCCUUCACCGUCGGAGCCAAUGGAGACCAGAAAGAUUCAGACUCAGAGAAGCAAGGUCCGGAGCGGAAGCGCAUUAAAAAGGAGCCCACCAACACCAGGAAGCCAAGCUUGCCGUUCGGGAUGGGCAUGCCAGGAAUCCGGGCUGGGUACCCGCUGUCAGAGCGGCAGCAGGUGGCUCUUCUUAUGCAGAUGACGGCGGAGGAGUCAGUAAACAGUCCAGACACAACACCAAAGCAUCAGUCACAGUCAAAUCUGGGUCAGAAGGGAACACCAAACUCUGCCUCAAAAACCAAAGACAAAGUGAAUAAGCGGAAUGAGAGGGGUGAAACACGGCUGCACCGAGCAGCCAUCCGCGGCGAGGUGCGCCGCAUCAAGGAGCUCAUCAGCGAGGGAGCUGAUGUGAAUGUAAAAGACUUUGCAGGCUGGACCGCACUGCAUGAGGCGUGCAACAGAGGGUAUUACGAAGUGGCCAAGCAGCUGCUGGCAGCCGGGGCCGAGGUAAAUACCAAGGGCCUGGACGAUGAUACGCCUCUACAUGAUGCGUCAAACAACGGCCACUUCAAAGUGGUGAAGUUACUUUUGCGGUAUGGAGGGGAUCCUUGUCAAAGCAACAGAAGAGGGGAAACACCAUUAAAGGUUGCAAACUCUCCAACCAUGCUAAAUUUGUUGCUUGGAAAAGGCACUUACACCUCUAGUGAGAGCUCAUCAGAAUCUUCAGAGGAGGAGGACGCACCAUCGUUUGCCCCGUCUAGCUCUGUUGAUGGCAAUAACACAGAUUCAGAGUUCGAGAAGGGCUUAAAGCUGAAAGGGAAGCCCCUUGACCCGCCCAAAUCCACAACCACGCCGGUCAAGGACGAAUACGAGUUUGAUGAGGAUGACGAGGAGGAGCGCGUCCCACCUGUGGAUGACAAGCAUUUGCUGAAAAAAGAUUUCCGCAAGGAUCCUGUCAGCAAGACCAACAACUUCAUCUCCAUACCCAAGAUGGAGGUUAAAACCUAUUCCAAAAGCAACUCACUCACACCAAAGAAGCCUGUGCGUCGGAUACUGUCGGAUAGCAACAGCUCAGAUGAGGACGACCGGACGUUGUGUUUCACACCGACACCCACGCCAAGGCAAUCUGCUGCUCAGAGCAACACCAAGAGUAGAGACUCUAACACUUUGUGCUCCAAGCAACAGAAAGACAAAAGCAAAGUCAAGAAGAAGAGGAAGAAGGAGACAAAAAAUAACGUCAGUAAGGAGGUGCGCUUUGGCAAAGUGAACGACAAGUUCUGCACCUCGGACUCCGAGACGGGCGAAAUGGAGAGCGAGGAUGAUAAGGGUUCAAUGCCAGUUUCGAACUGUGUGAAGGAUUCUUCAACUUUGAACCUUAAAGAUUCGAGUGUAUUCAGCUCAUUGUCCGUGUCAUCUUCCUCCUCUUCUCAUGGGAGUUUGGGCUCUCAGAAGCUUACACAAUCUCUGGCAGAGCAGCAUCCGAAACAGUGGAGGACAGACGGUUGGAAGACCGUAUCCUCCCCAGCUUGGUCUGAUGUCAGCUCCUUGUCUGACUCGGUCAGAACGAGGCUUUCCAGCGAGUCUGACUAUUCCUCUGCAGACUCAAGUGUUGAAUCUAUAAAACAGGUGAAGAAGAAAGUGCAGGAGAAGAAGAAAAACAACACACAUGCCAGUUUGAUAGACAAAAAGAGCUCUGACUUUUAUAAGAACUCAAACACAGAUGGAACCGUUUCUAAAACAGACAAAGACGGAAAGGUAUUGAAAAAACACAAAGUAAAACAUAAACACAAAAACAAAGAAAAGGAGAAGGUUACAACUUUAGUGUUGAAUCAAGACAUGAAUGAAAAAUUUGUCAAGAGCAUCUCCUUUGACUUUGAUGAUUCACGACAAGAGUCACCUUCUGAAAGUAAAGUCAAACUGUCCAAACACGAAAAAGAUCAUUUUAAGAAAGAGGACAGGUUGUCAAAAGUGAAAACCGAAGAUAAAGACUGGACAGGGAAAGAUGUUCAGAGAGUAUCUAAAGAAGAGAAGUCCAAGAAAACAAAGGAGUCUAACAAAGAUAGAGCGAGUAAAGAUGAGAAGGACAAAUCCCUAAAAACUGAAAAAGAGAAAGGCAUGAAGGACAAAGAAAAGCCAAAGGAGGAAAAACAAAAAUCCCAUAAAGAGGAUAAAAAGAAAAAGUCCAAGGAUAAGUCUCUCAAAGCAGAAAAAAAGAGUGAGCAGAGAGAGGAGAAGCAUUUUAAGUCAGAAAAAGACAAAACUAUAAAAGAAGAAAAGUCAAAGAAGGAUAAGUCCCUCAAGGAAGAACCAGAUUACGAGGACUAUGAUAUGAAAAAUCCUUUUUUAGAGGACACCAAGAUGAGCGCAUCAGAUCAUGAUCGAUGGCCAUCAGACCUUUCCUCCGACAGCUCUCUCUAUGAGGAUGAUAGUUGGGAUGCCCCCAUGAAAGAGUACAAAGCAAAUAACAAUUCUGUCAAACUCAUUGUGGAAACGAUGAAAGAUGAAAACAGGGACAGAAAGAAGGACAACAAAGUUAAAGACAAGAAGUCAGAGCAUGGAGACAAGCGCUUUGAGAAAGACGUUACUUCCAAGAAGAAAGAGAAGGAAUCCUCUGACAAAGGAAGCGACAAAGGGAACGAAAAGAAAAAAGACUGGACUGACAAACAAAAGCUGAACUCCAGUCACUCGGAGAAGGAGAAGAAACGAAAGGAAUCAGCUGAUGGGGUCAUCAAAGAGAAAAAAGAAAAGGAGACUGUUGAGUGCAGAGACAGGAAAGAUUCCUACGAGUUUACCAAGGAGCGUAAAGACUCCAAAACUAAAACAGAGUGCUUGAGAGAUGAAUAUGGCAAUGAGACUUUCUUCAAAGACAAAUCAGAGAGUGAAACUACUCCCAAGUCAGACCCCAGGGAGAGGAACCACUCUGGAAAAGAAAAGGAGAAGAAAGGGGAUGGUGUGGAAAAGAAAGACAAGGUAAAAGGUGAAAAGCACAAAGAUAAGCCUAAAGAUCGAAGUUUGGACCAGGAGAAACCUGAGAAGAACUCAGUUGACAGGUCUUUGAAAGAUAAAGACAUUGAAAGGAGCUCCAAAGACAAGAAAGAUGGGGCUAAAGAUAAACACAAAGAUUCUCACAGCAAGGACAAGGAGAGGAAGAUGUCAUCGGAGCAGAGUAAAGACAAGAAAGAAAAAAUAUUUCAGGACAAACAUGGUGAACGGGAAAAGGAUUUUCCUGAAUUUAAAAAGGAAGAAAAGAAGCCUGAAAAGGUGAGGGAGAAGACCUGGUAUAAAAUAGAGGAUAUAUUCACAGACGAGAGUGAAGACGAGACUGACAAUUACAAUGGAGGGGUGGCAAAAUUGAGUGAUUCCUUUGGACUCUUGGACUCUCACCGUAAAGAUUCCACACCUGAUAGAGAUGACAUAGAUAUCCUGGCAGAUAAACACAGGAAGUACUCAGGAGAGGGGAAACUACACUCUACAGAAAAUAAGAAAGAAAAGGAGCAUAAAGAUAAAAAGAAAGAGAAGACAUUUGAUGGAGGAAAAGAGAGAAAAGGCUCCAUGGAAAAACACAAAGAUAAAAAAGACAAGGAUUCAAAUGAUCUAAAACACAAGGACCGCAAAGACAGAGCAUCUGUGGACUCGAAUCAGGAGAAGAAAAUUAGACAGAAAGCAACAGACAAGAGGGAGCUCACUGAGGAAAAGAGCAAAAGCAAAUACAAAGAUAAGCCAGACCAUCUGAAAGAUAGAAAACCUUCUAAGGGCAGUGGUGAGAAUGAGAAAUCCUUGCUUGAGAAGCUAGAGGAGGAGGCCAUGAACGAUUACAAAGAUGACUCCAAUGAUAAGAACAGCGAGAUCUCAUCAGAUAGUUUCACAGACCGGGGUCAUGAGCCGGUUUCAAGCAGCUUCUAUGACUCCUCAAAUAUCACCUUGCCGGAUAUGUCAGAGGAUCGAAGAGAGUCGCUGUCCAUUUCCAAUCCACAGGAUAAAUUCCGAGAGAAAGAGAGGCACAGGCAUUCUUCCUCCUCAUCGUCCAAAAAGAGUCACGACAAGGAUAAGGAGAAAGGCAAGAAAGAGAAAGCCGAUAAGAGGGACAAGUCAGAGGAGAUUAGAGAGUCCUUUGGCCGAAGAGAGAGCCUACCUGUUGAGAAAGAGCCCAUGCCCCUGGAAGCUGAUCCAUACACUUUUCCAAUUAGCUCAAAGGGUGAUGGAGAGGAUGACUUGGACAAAACUUUGGAGUUUGAAAAGGAAAUGUCCAAGAAGGAUAAGACAAAUAGCAUAAUUACUAGUGAAAAGAUUAAAGACAAAAAGAAGAAAGAGAAGCAUAAGGAAAAGAUAAAAGAGGAGAAACAUAAAUAUUCAGAUGGCUUUGGGUCUUUCAGACACACUAAAGAUGAGCAAAAAUCUGGAGUGAAAGAAAGCCCUCAAGUCACAAAUUUGAAAGAUAAGUCUAAAGAAGAUAGUCCAAAAUUCGAUGGUAAAAACAAGGACAGAAAUAGGGACAUCACAGACAAAGAUAGAACAGAUUAUAACAAGACCAAGGAUAAGCUCUAUGACAGCGACAAGCUCAGCCAGUCAAAAGACACCACCCGGAAGGACACUCGUCCACGUGAGAAACUUCUGGUUGAUGGUGAUCUCAGACUAACAAGCUUUGGCAAAAUGCUUAGUUUAAAAGAUCAGGAGAAUGAAGAGCGCCAUAAGAGACACAAGGAGAAGAUGAAGCAAAUGGAGAAAUUAAGGCAUAAAUCAGGAGAUCCAAAGCUUAAAGAGAAAAUCAAGUCUGGCGAGGAUCUGAAAAAGAACCGUACCGAUCUCUCUUCUAAGAAGUCUGGCACGUUAGAUUCUGCUUUGAAAGACAAGAAACUCAAAGAGAUGAGCAUUCCAUCCCAGAUGAUGUCCCCUGAUAGAAAGUCACAGCCACUGGAUAGCCAGAACUCAAAAGACUGGCUAGCAGGUCACCAGAUGAAGGAAAAUCUACCUGCUUCCCCACGACCUGAUCAGAACAGACCGACAGGGGUCCCCACUCCUGCAUCUGUCAUUUCAUGUCCAAGCUAUGAGGAAGUCAUGCAGACUCCUCGUACACCAUCCUGCAGUACAGAGGACUACCAGGAAAUUAUGUUUGAUGGACUAGACUGUCAGACCUCUUCUGCAAUGACGAUGUCAAUGAAUGCCUGCUCUCCUACAUUCUUUGAUAGAUACACAUCCCAGAACCCCUCCCAUAGUUUCCCAGAUGGAACCUGCAUCACACCAGCGAAGAAUAUGCCGUUACCCCUCGAGAGCCGAUCAAUCUCCUCUGAUGUCAGAAGACCUCUAGAAGAAGAGUUCAAAGCAGAAGACGACAAGUUUCUUAGACAGCAAAAUGCACCUCAAGAAUUUGAGUCUUCUGCUUCACAUCUUGCUGAAGAUAAAAUACCAAUGGAGAGACUCGAUAGUCUGUCGCCUUCGUACCCCUCACCUCGCAUUAGCAUGCUGUCUCCAAGGCCUGAUUUGACACAGCCUGUACCCGACAGAGCUUCUGCAGCCAGUUCUGGGAAUGAUGCCAGCGAACUCCCUCCAGAGAGCAUGUACGGUUAUCUCAUGAAGCCCUCAACUCCAGUCCAUAGACCUGACCCUCAGUGUCUCGACAUAGCUGCUCCUCUAACACCAGCCCCGGCAGCUUUGCCUCCGAUGGACAUUGAUGACUUGUCUGAACCACAUCAGAGCGAGCCCAGUUUCUUGCCCUCUUAUCCAGUGAGUAGCAGUGAAUAUUUACCUCCUCUUGUGGAGGAACAGGAUGAAGAUGAGGAUGACGAUGAUGAUAACGAAGAGGAGGAGGAGGAGGAAGAUGAGGAUGAAGAGGAGGAUAAUCCAGAGGAAACAGCGGAAAGUCAGAUUGCUUCCGAUCAGGCAAUGCAGUCUGCAGAAGAUCCCACGUAUUCUCUUGGAUUAGAAGAGUCUGUCAUGAAGAACUGGGCUGAAACUCUAGAUCGUAGAGAGCCUGAAGUCCUUCCUCUGACACCCACUCAUCCUCAAGAUAACAUGGAAAACUGUUGUGACCAGUCUCUAGGGUGGACCUCGGAUGGUCUUAUGAAAUCACCCCAUGAAAGUUAUGGAGAGGUUGAAGCUGCAGUUUCAAAGAUCAGCAGUCCGUACUCCCACUCUGAUUGUGAACUUCCACCUAUUCCAACUGCAAUACCUGUCCAUUCAUCCAUGACACCCCCAUAUUCUUCAUUUUCCAGGCCAUACCCACACAUUUCAGAUAGUCACUAUGAGGUACCAAAAGACAGUGUAGAGGAUAUUUCUUCAUCACCAAGACCUGAAGCAGAGCCUGUAGAAUCAAACUUCAUGCCGCCCUCCUCAACUCGACUAGAAAGCUUUUUCACAGAUAUCAAACCACCAGUUGAGGAGAAUCAAAUGGAAGUUGAGCCAUCAUGUGUGGCACAAGAGAACAGAGAAGAAUCACUCACUUACCCGCAGAGCAGUCUUGCCCAACCAGUAAGCUGCGAGUCUCACUGGGCUGACCCUUUUCCUAGUACAGUUGACGACCUAGAAGAUCCAUGGAAGAGUCCUUUCUCUUUCCAAGACCUUCCCUUUCCAGAAAAAGAGAUGCAUGAGCCUGAAAUUUCAGCCCCAGAGACAACAGAGAGCAAGCAUCCUCCUGUCCAAAUAAGACCCUUGGAAAAAAGCAAAGAAUUAGGGGUGUUGGAUGUUGGCUUUUCCAGUUUGACCAAACCACCAUGCUCACCUACCGUCGUUCCUCCAUGCGAGUCUGUUCAGGAUUUGGAGCCAGCUGCCCAUGAAGAGAGUUACAGACCCCAACAUGAGCUUGAACCAGAAAGUCACAACAUUCAAGAUGUUCCAUCAACAAAAGAAACAAGCCAGGAAGAUGUGCACCUGUUUGAUGACCAAGAUAAGGGUGAUGGCAACAUGUAUUCAAUUGUUGAUGGAGAGACUGACCAGGAAUAUAGGCAGAAAGACACAGCCCCUGAGAUGCUGACACCAGUAACACAAUGUGUGGAACCACCGGCACCUUUAAAAUCAGAACAGAUUGCACCUAACCCCGUGGUUGUCUUGGGUUCCGCAUGCAACUCUUGCCCCCCUGCUCCAGUCCUGACUGUCACAUCAUCUAGCACCACCCAAAUAUCAGAAACUUUAGAGACAACAGUCAAACUCCCAGUUGCCCCUGCAACAACUGAGGCCCCCAAAAAGGUUGAGGAGAUAGCUCCAAGGAUGACUCGCAAUCGAGCUCAGAUGCUGGCCAACCAGAGUAAGCAGAACACUGCGACGAGUGUUUCAUCUUCAACAACCUCUUCUCCUGUUACCACAAACAUCACCACUAUUUCUCCAUCCUCUCUUACCUCUGGAGAGAAGGAGAAAGAGAAGGAGCCCAUCAGCACCAUCACUGCACAGGCUUCAACUCCUGUUCUUGUCACCAAAUCUAAGGGUCGCAUCGAGGAAGAGGACGGUCAGACGCAGCAUCCUCGCAAAAGGAAGUUCCAGAAAUCGGGCCAGCAACAGGUCCAGGUUCAGCUCGUCAACACAGCAAUGCAGCAAACACGGGAGAUGAUACAGCAGACGUUAGCAGUUAUUGUCAAUGCCAUCAAGCUGGAUGAAAUUGAGCCAUACCACAGCGACCGCUCCAACCCUUACUUCGAGUAUUUGCAGAUCCGCAAGAAGAUUGAAGAGAAGAGGAAAAUUCUUUGUUAUAUAACACCACAAGCUCCCCAGUGCUAUGCAGAAUAUGUGACUUACACAGGCUCCUACCUGCUAGAUGGCAAGCCACUGAGCAAACUGCAUAUCCCUGUGAUUGCACCACCACCAUCUUUGUCUGAGCCGCUGAAGGAGCUUUUCAGACAGCAGGAGGCAGUAAGAGGGAAACUGAGACUGCAGCACAGCAUCGAGCGGGAAAAGCUGAUUGUGUCCUGUGAACAAGAGGUCCUGCGAGUUCACUGCAGAGCGGCCAGAACUAUUGCUAAUCAGGCUGUCCCGUUCAGCGCUUGCACCAUGCUUCUGGAUUCAGAGGUUUAUAAUAUGCCAUCAGAGAGCCAGGGGGACGAAAACAAAUCUGUGAGAGAUCGCUUUAACGCCAGACAGUUUAUCUCUUGGAUUCAAGACGUGGAUGAUAAAUAUGACCGCAUGAAGACGUGCUUGUUGAUGCGGCAGCAGCAUGAGGCCGCCGCUCUCAAUGCAGUGCAGAGGAUGGAGUGGCAACUCAAGGUGCAGGAGCUGGACCCUGCCGGACACAAAUCUCUGUGCGUCAACGAGGUUCCCUCCUUUUACGUGCCAAUGGUCGACGUCAACGACGACUUUGUACUGUUGCCUGCAUGACAUGAACACAUGGAGACGCAGAGAGUGCGGUCUAAAAUCCUCAUUUUUCAAAGAGACAUCAGACAGCAAGUUCGGUAAGGGCUAGCCGGUUUGAAAAGAAGAUUUCUUUGAGAAGAGUAUAUACGUAUAUAUUAUAUAGAAGGUAAAAGAAAUAAAAACUAAAUGCUCCCCUUCCAUCAGAAGAGGAAGCGUCUUUUUCCUGGAGGAAAACACAACUUGCACUUUCAUCCUUAAAAGUUUUUAUGCUUUUGUUUGGAAUUUAAGAAGCAACACUGUUUUGCUUUAAAGCUAGCCCACCCUCUCCUGCCAGUUGAUUUGGGUGAAAAUAAAUGGGGACGUGAAAAUUUUUUUUUCUUUAUUUUUGAUCCCCUUUAAACUAAAUUUCAACAAAGGGGAGGGCUCAGACAGGCUCCUCCACCUUCGUCCUUUCAGGAUCAGGGACAGAAGGCACCAACGGUGUCCUCGAGUGUGCCGAACAGAAACAACACGGUCCAACACUUCGAGGUGCAGCCACAUGUUAAAGGAAAAAAACAAAAACAAAAGACAUAUAAGGUCGUAAGGUGCAAGAUGAACGCUGAAACAUCCACGGCUACAGCGGGACAGCAUGCUGCUGGACUCGGACCUCUCAUGACCACAGCAGAGGAGAGCAUGGCUCCCUGAUGCCCACAGCGCCCGGAGCAGGGCGGCGUGGCGAGGCUCAGUGCCAGAGUGAUGGAGAUAUUCCUUCAGCACCAGGACAUCCCACCUGAGACAUCGUGAGACCUAGGGUGUCCUCAGACGAAGAGGAAAAAGGAGCAGGUUCACCCAGCCUCUGAUGGUCCACUGCAAAAGCGUGUACUAGCACUCUGCAAACAUCUGCAGAAAGAGAAGGAGACGUAGGACAACUUGAGAAAUGCAGUGUUGCGAACCAAGAGGCAAAGACUUUUACAAAUGAUGUUUUAGUGGGGAUUUUGGUUUUAUUUUAUUUUUUGUUUUUUUUGUUUUGUUUUAUUUUUGUUUUAUUUUUUUUGGUCUUUCUUUACUCGGGCAUUUCAUUGUUCCUUUUCUGAGGACGUGACUUGAAACACUACAGAGCCAAUGUUAGUUUAAUGGAGAAAAAAGAAAAAACAACAAAAACAGAAAAAAAUAUUGUAUUCCGUAAAUGAUGUACAGUUUUUAUAUUCGUUAACCAAUGUAUUCUCGCUGCCUUCUAGAUAAUUUAUUUUGCCACCCAUUACUGCACAGUUGUAAAUAACUUAUGUACUGUAACAUCACACAGUUAAGUGUAAAAAAAAAUAAAUGAAUAAAAUUAUCUUUGUAUGUACAGUUCACUUUUGGGCAGCACUUCCCCCAUCCCUUACCCACGGGCCAAAAUGUGUACACAUUGUCAGUAUUUUAAGGACUCGUGUGUACAGGUCCUUAAGGUUCUGUCCACGCUCGGUCAGAGUGUAUGUCUGCCGUCAUCAGACCUAUACAUAGAUCCCUCAGAAUGAAACUGUCAGGGCCACAAACAUAAGUUCUCAGAUGUAGCAGAGUGAUUACGGAUUAUUUAAAUAAUAGUAGAGGUAUAUUAUUCAUUGCUUUAAUACACGAGUAUGUAUCUUAAAAGAAAAAAAAAAAAGAAAAAAAAUAUAAACCAAGAAAAUGCCUUUUUACAGUUAACAUUUUCUGAUUUCAUUUUAAAAAGCUGCACAUGUUAUAGCUAGGAACAUCAGCAGCAGCAGCAGCGUGUCGAGCCGAUAUAACCUGGUUCCUGACAAAUA